CGAUGACAUGUUUUCCAUGGCCGCCCUCCCUCGGCGCAGGAAGCCGACGACUGACACACAAACGUAUGCCACGACGGCCCCAAGCUCGACGCCCUUCAAGCGAAGGCUUGUCGUUGAGUUCCACACACACCCAUGCUCCAUUGUUCUCCGGCCUCCUCAGUCCCAAUGGGCCUGGUUGUUCCUCUCUUGGGCUGGCACCAAGGUGGUCCAGUUCCUAUAUAACACAAAGGCCAUGCUCUCCUAUCCUCCCUCGAUGCUUCGUGUGAUACAGCACCUUCACUUCCAACGCCGUGUGUGAUCAAACACUCGACUCGACCGCCCAGACUUGGACACGAGACACGCGCCACGCCACACCCACACACACCCUCCUUUGAGCUUCCCCCCAAGAACCCCUCCUCCGGUCUAAGUGCACCCAAAAGAGUAGCACAGCUAUCCCAAGACCUGCACCUCGCAGGUUUCUUCAGCUUGGCGUGCGGUAACAGGGCUGCCGGCACUCACACUCCCCCACGCAUAUAGCAAAGUCAUCCUGUUGACGGGCUCCUCCGAUUCGGGGCUGUUGGCUUUCCCCGCAUCUCCUAUUUCAGCCGGGCUACCCUCGCGAGACGCCAGCUCCCCAUGGUUUGGGGAAAGUUCUCCUCCUCCUCCUCCGCCUCGUCAGCUGCGAGUAGCGAUGCCAGCACCAUCCACAACGGCUCGUCGGGCAAGAUAAGCUUUGCAAAGUUCCAAAUGGAAAUCCAGCUCAAGAACCAUUUUCGGUCAAAGGUGUACAACACGGGCGCGCCCAUCGAGGGCGAUGUGGUCAUCUCGACGCACCGCGACGUCCGCUUCGACAGCCUGCAGAUAAUCCUGCUAGGCAUGGCGCGGACGCGGGUCGAGGGCAUGGGCGCGCCGCACGCCACGACGCACACGCUCCUCAAGCUCGCCAUGCCGGUCCCCCAGUCUGCGUACCCGGUCCCGCGCGUGCUCGAGGCCGGGCGCACCUACCGCGUCCCCUUCAACUUCGUGGUCCCCCCGCAUCUGACCAUGGGAGCCUGCGCCCACGCCGUCGACGCCGACCACGUGCGUGACUGCCACCUCGCGCUCCCGCCCACCGUCGGCUUCUGGGAGCGCGACGACCUCUCGCCCGAGACGGCCCGCGUCGAGUACUGCGUCAAGGCCCGCGUCCUGCGCUCGCCCGCCGCCGACGAGGCCGCCGCCGCCCACGGCGUCAAGCUCAUGGAGGCCGCCGAGCAGGUCACCAUCCUGCCCACCUUUGGCGAGCGGCCCCCCGUGUCCGUCGGCAAGGCCGACCGCCUGUACCGCAUGGCAAAGUCCAAGACGCUCCGCAAGAACCUGCUCUCGUCCCGCGUCGGCCGUGUCACCGCCUCGGCCACGCAGCCCAGCGCCGUCUUCCUGCGCGCCGACGGGCUGGCCGCGUCCGAGACGGCCGCGCGCGUGCGACUCGAGUUCGAGCCCGCUACGCCCGACGCGGCCCCGCCCCGCGUCACGGCCGUGUCGGCCAAGCUGGCCGCCUACACCUUCUACAGCUCCACCGCCAUGACGUCGCUGCCCGACCUCGUCAGCCCCAGCCCCCGCAGCAGCGCCGUGCUGGACCGGCGCGCGUCCUACGCCACCACCGUCCCGCUCUUCUCGGCCCACGUCGACGGCUUCAGGUGGGAGCAGCGCCCGAGGCACCAGGCCCGCCGGGACUCGGGGUACUCGUCUGCCGCCGACCUAGAUGGCGCGCGCAAGUCAUCGGCGUCCCCCGUCCUGCACACGUGCGACAUCGAGGUCCCCGUGCGGCUCCCGUGCGGCGGCGGCGCCAAGGGCGGCCGGGGCAAGACCUUCAUCCCGUCCUUCUCCAGCUGUAUCGUGUCGCGCGUCUACGUGUUGCAGCUGUCUGUGGCGCUGGCCGGGUCCGGGUCCGCGACGCUGUCGCUCCGCCUGCCCAUCCAGGUCGCCGCCGAGGCCGCCGCCGGCCUGGGCAUGGCCGAGGAGGAGCUGCCCGACUUCGAGACGGCGCUCGAGGAGGCCGAGGCGGACCGCCACCUGCGCCCGCGCGUGCUCUCGGUGCCGGACCACCGCUUUGUCGAGACGAGCGAGCUUCCGGGCUAUGACUGAGGCUUUUCGUUCAUUGAAGUUUCUCCCCCUAUUCCCUUUAUCGCUGUUUCAUCAUUCCUUUUCUGGUGGGCUUGGAAAUCACAAAAAUCAUGAUACCCUAUAACGGCAGUUUCGGCUAGGCUACUCCUGUGUGUUUGUUCUCUUUACGUUUUGCUCGAAUUUCUCGCCUUGUCAAAAAGAUUGGCAAUACCUAUCUACCUACGUAAAAUAAAAGAAUAAUAUCAAAUUCUAUCAAAUUAGCUGUUAUUUGGAGCGGAAUAAUGCAUAUGUGUGAC